UGCGUAUUCCCUUACACAGCACACCUCUGUCACCAGGAAUCAUGGCGCCCAUUUCAAUUGCAGACAUCGUUGCUGCCCUCCCUGCGGAGGAUUCGUGGGGUCCGGCCACCUCCACAGAUAAUAUGCUGGAUGGUGUCCCGUAUGCUCCUUUCUCCAAGGGCGACAAGCUGGGUCGUAUGGCCGACUGGACUGCGGAUGCUAAGGAUCGUGAGAAGGCUGGCAGACAGGCCUAUAACAGGAACUACAGAGACCAACAAGUGUAUGGAGCAGGUGCCUCCAGUCUUUUCGCCGUUCAGGUUGCCGAAGAUGAGUCUUCCUUCUCCGUCGUCGACAACACACGUUCCUCUGCAAAACGCGGCUUUGUGCGCGGACCCGGUACGGUUUUCCGCGGCCGCGGUGCACGCGGUGGCGCUGGUCAGCGAGGUGGCCGAGCCGGCUUCCAGAGAGUUGGUGCUGGUCGUGGCCAGGCUGGUGACCGCUACUAUGACAACCGCGGUCGUGGCGGCCGUGGCCGCCGAUUUGGCUGGAGGGAUUACGAUAAGCCUCAGAGGACGCGUGAGCCAUCGGUCAACAUCCGUCCCGAGUGGACCAUGCUGGAAGAGGUUGAUUUCAGCCGGCUGUCUAAGCUGAAUCUCGAGACCCCCGAUGGCGAGGACAUGGACACGUAUGGUUUCAUGUACUACUACGAUCGGAACUAUGAUCGGGCCCCUGCUAGGAACAUGGAGCGCAGGCUGCAGGUCCUCGAACGUGCUGCGUAUAACGUUACUACAUCUCAGGAUCCUGUCAUUCAGGACCUCGCCGAGAAGAACGAGGCUACCGUCUUCGCGACGUCAGAUAUCUUGUCCAUGCUUAUGUGCGCACCUCGCAGUGUGUACUCUUGGGAUAUUGUUAUCUUGCACCAGGGCAACAAGAUCUACUUUGACAAGCGCGAGGGCGCCUCAAUCGAUCUUGUGACCGUUAAUGAGAACGCUGCCGAUGCUCCUCUCGAGAUCUCCGAGUCCGGCAAGCAGGAUUCCAUCAACACUCCCAGCGCGCUAGCCUUGGAGGCUACAUUCAUCAACCACAACUUCGCCCUGCAGACGGCAAUUGAGUCUGACAACAAGAUCGAGAUGAACCACCCCAACCCGUUCUACAAUGCCUCGGAGGAGACAGAGCCCCUAGCAUCCAAGGCCUACAAGUACAGACGCUUCGACCUUUCCCUCGAGAGAGAUGAGGAGCCUCUUAACCUGAUCGUCCGUACUGAGGUUGAUGCCGUCUUGAAGAACCCAGUCAACGGCGAAGACCAGCAGGUGAUCGUGAGAGCCCUUAACGAGUUUGAUAGCAAGGCCCAAGGCUCUGGCAAUGCUCUGGACUGGCGCAGCAAGCUCUCCUCUCAGCGCGGUGCCGUCAUCGCCACGGAGAUGAAGAAUAACAGUCUGAAGCUUGCCCGCUGGACCACCCAGGCUGCGCUUGCCAAGGCGGACAGCAUGAAGCUUGGUUUCGUCUCUCGUGCCAACCCCCGCUCUGCUGCCGGUCAUGUUAUCCUUGGUGUUGUGAGCUACAAGCCCCGCGACCUGGCCGCUCAGAUGAACCUAAACAUUGCCAACGGAUGGGGCAUUGUCCGUACUGUUGUUGACCGCAUUCGCACUCUCGAUGCUGAAAACGGUGAAGAGGUCUCUGAGGAGAAGGUGAAGAAGUAUGUCCUCAUAAAGGACCCCAACAAGCCUGUUAUCCGCCUGUACAGCGUACCGGCAAACACUUUCGAGGAGGAUGAAGAAGCAGGUGCUCCCGAAGAGAAGAGUGAGAAGGACGAGGAGGAAAACCAGGAGUAG